AUGCACCCAGAGCCCUCCCGAACUUUUCUCCCUGCAACCAACGAAAGCCAGUCUCCCCUAUCUCAGCCCAAUUCUACCCAAUAUGGACUUCGACAGCAUGAUGAAAUCCUCCAGAACUAUUUCUCUCAUGAGAGUAGCUGGGACGGAAGUUGCAAUCCCAGCCCUGCAGACGCAUCUGAUGGCGCUGGCCCAACACCUCUACCAAACCAAAUUUCGCGACAGCCGAGCCCCACCGGGCCAGUGAAGUCUGUGUCUCCUGUAGAUCGCAUCAUCAAUCAUGAGAAUGCCUUCAAUCCACCUUCGAGGAGGGCUAAAGAGUUCGAAUUCAGAGUCUUCCCUUCUAGGAAUAAUGGAAUCAGUGGUCAAACUCUGGACCAGUUCCCUAAUGAGGUUCUGACCCAUAUCUUGUCUCACCUUCCACCUUCGUCGCUGUCAUCAAUGAGCCUUGUUAGUCGCCGAUUCCACAACCUCGUUACCACCCCCCAUGCCUGGAGAAUCGCAUUUUCACGCUAUUUUCGAGGUCCAGCAAGCCUGAGUGCGGAUAGAAAUACGGAUGACUACGAGCUUAUUUUGGCACAGAGGCGUGCCUUUUGCCGAUUGACAGCUCUAGCAUCUUGGCGAAAUGAGUACAUUUUCAGAACCAGACUGCUGCAAGCUCUUUCUCGGGGCAAACCUGCAGAAUUAAAAUCCUCUCUACAGCUUGGCUCACCGAGACAGCAGCCCGCUCAGAAUUCGAGAUCUGUAUUUACGUACAGCUCGAUGUGCAUGUAUCCCAUUACCCAUGUUGACGCAACUUUCGGAUCACCGCUGAACAAUAAGCCUCCUCUCUGUAUCCAUGGUGCAGCCGAACAAGGCGUUGCUUCUAUGAGUGAUCCUAGCUCUGGAAAAACUGGAAUUGGCUCCUGGGGUCUAUCCAGUCGUCAAAUUUUUAAACACUUUUCAGAUAUUUUCCCAGGAGAAGCGGGGUGGGGUCUGGGACCUGGUAACAUGGUUGGGAUGCCCAAUGUUAUGGAUGUAAGCCAGCCCUAUGGAAUGGUGUACGGAGAAGCCUGCCCACAGGGUAGAAUCUAUUAUUUACCGUCAAAUGAAAAGCAUGGUCGUUUUUUGUCUGGAGAAGACGUCACUCCUCAACCCCAUCUCGGGAUCCCCAGUAUCAGCACAAUCGGCACUGCGAUCUGCUCUGUCUGGAUAGCCAAAUCCCCCCAAAUACUCAAGAUAACAAAUGGCCUAUGUGGCAUUCUUUGCGGUUCCUCAUUGGGCAUCCUGACUGCAUAUGCUUUAGGACCAAACCCUUCAUACGAUCAGCGGUUCGAACGUGGCCAGGUAACUGCCAAAUGGGUUCUGUGUCCCGGAGUUCCUAUAAUAGCGAUCAACGUGGAUGAAAAUUAUUCUGCCAGGCGCUACACUCAGCAACGAAUUUGGGCUGUUAUCUUAAAUGCCCUAGGGGAAGCGUUUUACUUGACGGAUAUUCCACAUCAGCCAGCGUUGAAACCCAAGUCCAGCACAGAAACUCUUGAGCGUUUGGCUUGGGAGACUGGAAGAACCGUGCGUUGGGAACUUAUUGAACCUUCCCGGCGAGUUGCACGACCCGAUCCUUUUAAUAGACUUAUGGCGGAUGGUAGCUACAGUCCAAGAUCCUCCUCGAAUUUCAUGGGACUGAUCUCAGAUCAAAUCUAUGCGGAAACAAAAGAGAUAGAGAACUUUCUUACAUUUAAACCAAAACAUUUCAGAAAGGUGUGCGAAGGUUGGGACAUGAGACGAAGGUUGGAGGUUGACUUUGCUGGCGACAAUUAUCGUAAUUCUGGAGAGUCCGUUGUUAUCCUCGACUGCGGGUUUGGAGAAAACCGGACCUCCUCUAUUCGAAGAUACUUGCGGCUGAAAGGGCCUGCUCCUACUUCUCAGUUGUCUGACGAGGCGGACCCUUCCAUACCUCGGCCUCAAACCCGAUCAAUUUUUGGUGGCAGGUCGACCUCCAGUUCAUCAGUGUUUUCGACUCCGUCACGGAAUUCCGAAUCGUUUUCGGGAAUGGAUGCCCCCGUUACUACUCAGUGGCGAAUGUCGGAUUUUGUUUUCGAUGAGCAUAAGCCUCCUCAAAUCACCACUAGCGCCAUGGAUAAAUCGACUUUUGCGCAAUUGACUACGUUUGAAGAUCCUCUACUUGGCAUGUGUGGAGGUUCCGCGAUCUCAUCUAAAUUAUCUUUUCCUCAAACGCAGUCGAGCCAAGUAUCGUCUCCAGCAGAUAUUCCGGGAGAACGCGCUUGCUAUAUGGCUAUUGGUACCUCCACGGGGUCACUUUAUGUUUGGAAUAUAAGAGCAGCAGCUUCUCAGAUGCCAGAUAUCACAAACAAGAUUUCACCGAUUCGAAUUAUCCAGACGGAUUCCCCACAGGUAUCUUGUGUUGCUCUGACAUCUCUGUAUCUCGUCCAUGGUGGGAGCGAUGGCUUAGUUCAAGCCUGGGACCCGCUCGCCUCGUCCAUGCAACCGAUCCGCACGCUCAACUCUCGUUUUUCAUCGGGAGCUCGCCGCCGUCUUGUCCAAGCCGAGACAUCAACGCAAGGGGUGGGCCACAACUCUUUUGCUGCAGGUGCGAUUUAUUUGGAUCCUGACCCAACAGUGCUGCGCGGCAUAGUCUCUCUUGGGAGCCAUCUUCGCUACUGGUCAUACAGCUCAUCAGCAGCCGAUCAAUACAAGAGCACCAAACGUCGACUACGCUAUUCACGUCGAGGACAUAACUCUUCCUCUGUCACCCAGCGAUUUACAAGUAGCGGCAGGGGAGCGCUACAGGACUACAUUGAAAGUGAAAGAUACGAGCUAGAGCAACAAAAGAAAGCUGACCAAAAGGAAAGAGAGCUUUUGAGCGGCCGGUUUGGUGUAGACCUUCUGGGACCCGAUGCUACUGAAGAGGACUUAAUUGCUUAUGGGCAAAUGCUGAGCGAGGAGUCGUAUACGAGUGAUGAACGCAAGAGGAAGGGUAACGAGGGUGGUGUGGAAAGUAGUUCUUCGAGUGAAACUAUAACUCCAAACGAGAAGUUUGACUCAAACUCAAACCCAGACGCAACCUUGGCCUUUACGACCUCUUCGUCGCCUAGUUUCGAAACCGUUGCUGAAGAGUUAGAUCCUGAUAUUGCUGAAGCGAUUCGUUUUAGCCUUCUCGACGAAUCUUUUGCGUCGUCAUCCAAUGCUCCAUUCAAAUUCAUGAGCUCGUCUGGGAACAGUAUAUCUAGCUCCUACCCUUCCCCAGGAAAUGACGAAAGCACUAUGGAACGGGAGCUUGGCGAUUUGGAAUUUGCCAUUCAGCUGAGUCUUGCUGACCAAGAGGGUCGUGAAGGGAAUGGUUAUACUGACUCUGGCUCUGUUUCUGCUUCUUGGGGUGAGGAGGGAGACUUCCCCGCUUCUGAAACGGAAACAGACGUAGCAUUGCCUAGUAAAGGCAAGGGGAAAGCCAGCACACUGUAA